UGAUCAUUUGAACGUCCUGGGCCUGCGUUCCUUGGAGAAAAAAAAUUCUACUACAUCCUAAAACGUCUUUUUUCUUUUCGUUUCCACCUCUCUCGGACUUGAGGGUUGUUGUUGUUUUUUUUCUUCUUUCUUUCUUUUUUUUUGGGUUAUCCUCACCCAGGAGACGUGCCAACGCCACCACCACCACCACCACCAGCAGCAGCAGCAGCAGCAGCAGCAGCAGAGGAAUAUCUCCCAAUAUCCCAUCCUGGGCACGUCGGAUAAGCUGCAGCAGCGAAAACACGAGGCGAAUAUUGCGGUGGACGGGAACGGGAACAUGGUCCGUGGGAUUUCACACCACUCACCCAGGCUGGAAGGCAGUUUGGACUUGUUAUGGGGGUGACCGGAAGGAGAGAGAGUGACAGAGGAACAGUGAUGCUACUGUUUACAUAACGAGAGACUCUCUCACACACACACACACACACACACACACACACACACACACAUGCACACACAUAUACAUGCACACAUGCUCGAAUUGCCAGUCCAGGACAUACACACUCGCUUAAACACUUUCACACAUACAUACACGCACAGACACGUAUUCAAGGGACUCUCGGACUGAGUCACUACCCACUCUGAGUCACUAGCCACUCAGAUUCACAUACUCGCACACAAGACCAAUCACACACACACAUAUACAGAAGAGGAAAAGACUGUGUGUUGUGCGUGCUAUGGGCCGAGCUGAGCAGCAGCUGUGUGUGUGUGUUAGAUACCUCUGAAGAGUCAUCACAGCUGUAACCCUCGCCCUCCUUCAGUCCCUUCCGCCUCUCAUCCCAUCCCUCCCCAUCAUCUCCCAGCUCCCCUAAACACACCAUCAUGUCCCAGCUGAGGACCAGGAGAACCCCCUCAUCUCCUCUCCCAUCCUUUUCCUCCCUGCACGGGUUUCUAUACCUCCUCCUGUCCCUCUGCCUCUCCCUUUCACUCUAUCCGGCCUCCUCAUCUGCGCAGCAGACUGUGCCUGUCAUCUCCACGGCGCAGGGCCGUAUCCGUGGUAUCCUGACCCCGCUGCCCUCUGACCUCCUUGGGCCCGUCAUCCAGUACCUGGGAGUACCAUACGCAAGACCUCCCACGGGUGACAGGCGCUUCCAGGCACCCGAGCCUCCUUUACCCUGGCCAGGAAUACGAAAUGUGACACAGUUUGCUCCCGUGUGCCCGCAGUCACUGGAUGAAAGGAGCAUGCUGGGAGAUAUGAUGCCGUCCUGGCUUACGGCUAACUUGGAUAUAGCGGCGACGUACCUCACUCACCAGAGUGAGGAUUGUCUCUACCUCAAUAUCUACGUGCCCACUGAGGAAGACAUCCAUGAGGAAGGGGGUCCACGGCCAGUGAUGGUCUACGUCCACGGGGGCUCCUACACUGAAGGCACCGGUAACAUGAUGGAUGGCAGUGUUCUCGCGAGCUACGGCAACGUCAUUGUCAUAACCCUCAACUAUCGCCUAGGAGUACUGGGAUUUCUUAGCACAGGUGACCAGGCAGCUAAAGGGAACUACGGCUUGCUGGAUCAGAUCCAGGCUCUGCGCUGGGUUAAGGAGAAUAUUGCAGCCUUCGGUGGAGACCCACACAGGGUCACAGUAUUUGGAUCUGGAGCUGGAGCCUCCUGUGUUAGCCUGCUCACCUUGUCUCACUACUCAGAGGACCUCUUCCACAGAGCCAUUAUCCAGAGCGGCAGCGCUUUAGCCAGUUGGGCUGUCAACUACCAGCCCAGCAAGUACGCCCGGCAGCUUGGUGAGAGAGUGGGUUGCGGCAUUGAUGACAGCACCCAACUGGUCGCCUGCCUUCAGGGUCGGAGUUACCGCGAACUUGUGGAGCAGAACAUAACGCCGGCCAAAUAUCACACGGCUUUUGCCCCGGUGAUUGAUGGUGAUGUUAUCCCAGAUGACCCCCAGAUUCUGAUGGAGCAGGGAGAGUUUCUGAACUACGACGUGAUGCUGGGGGUUAAUCAGGGUGAGGGCGUGAAGUUUGUGGAGGGCAUUGUGGACUCGGAGGAUGGUGUCACGGCUGAGGACUUUGACUUUGCUGUGUCAGACUUUGUGGAUAGUUUGUAUGGAUACCCAGAAGGCCGAGAUACCCUGAGAGAGAGCAUAAGGUUCAUGUACACGGACUGGGCGGACCGUGACAACGCAGAAACCCGACGGAAGACUCUGGUUGCGCUAUUCACAGACCACCAAUGGGUUGCGCCAGCGAUUGCCACAGCUGACCUCCACGCUCAGUAUGGCUCCCCAACCUACUUCUAUUCCUUUUACCACCACUGCCAGAGUGAUGCCACACCGCCCUGGGCUGACUCUGCCCAUGGUGAUGAGGUGCCCUACGUGUUUGGCGUGCCCAUGGUGGGACCCACUGAUCUGUUCAACUGUAACUUCUCCAAAAACGACGUGAUGCUGAGCGCUGUAGUCAUGACUUACUGGACCAACUUUGCCAAGACUGGAGACCCAAACCAGCCAGUUCCUCAAGAUACCAAGUUCAUCCACACUAAACCUAACCGUUUCGAGGAGGUGGCCUGGUCUAAGUACACCCCUAAAGAGCAGCUGUACCUCCACAUUGGCUUGAAGCCCCGUGUCAGAGACCACUACCGUGCCACCAAGAUCUCCUUCUGGCUCCAGCUGGUCCCUCACUUACAUCAUGUCAAUGAACUCCUUCAAUCCGUAUCCUCCUUCACACAUAGUCCCUCUCCGCAGGACGACACUCCUUAUUCUUACACUAAGCGUCUAGCCAAAGGUUGGCCGCCUAGUAGUACACGUCAUCCAGGUUCACAAGGAGGUACUCCACAACCGCCAGAGUCUGCUUUAGGCCAAGGUGGAGGGGAAAACGGGGUUCGCGUCCCCAAUGAGGACUACUCAACCGAACUCUCAGUGACGAUUGCUGUGGGAGCGUCACUGUUGUUUCUCAACAUCCUGGCGUUUGCGGCUCUGCUGUACAAGAAAGACAAGAGGCGACUGGAGCACCGUCGGCCACGUCCACUUCCUCCUCCGAGACGAGACAUCACACCUGCGGAUGUUGCUGCCCACCUGCAGGGGGAGGGACUGAUGUCAUUACAGGUGAAGCAGCUGGAGUGUGAUGCAGCAUCAGCAGAUGAAAGGAACAACGCUCACCACCAUCACACUCUGGAUACGCUGGACGCCCUGGACGGUUUGGACACCCAGGACAUCUACAGCACACUGGACACCGUGCGCCUCACCUGCCCGCCCGACUACACCCUCACCUUGCGCCGCUCACCUGACGACGUCCCCCUCAUGACCUCUCUGACCCCAGGGUCGCUGCCUGUGACCCCUGGGUCACACCCUGUUACCCCAGCGACGCCGAUGACCCCAAUGACGCCCGGAUCAGUGGUGGGGAUGAGGAUGGGGCAUCCGCACCAGGGAUACACACACCAUAGCCCAUAUAGUAACACACACUUGCCACACACACACAUCUCAACGCACACACACUCCACCACACGUGUAUAACCGCAGCAAGAUACUUGCACAUACAGGGACAUAAUUACAACACACCCACUCACACACACACACACACACACACAUUCACUAACACAAAACACACACACACACACACACACAAUACAAAAGACUUAAAUACCUCUACUAAUUACCCUGCAGGAUUGUUACAGAUGGAGUGACAGAAAGACAUUUUCAGUAACAGGAUGAAAAGACAGACAGCUGUGUGUUGCAUGUCGGGGAACUGAAGACAAACUGGAUCCCGGGAGAUGCAGUUCUAUGCAUCAUUCACUCAUAACCUGGAAGAAGACGAGCCAAGACAUCCAUCAAACGUCUAAAAAAAACCUGCUUUGGAUAUUAAAUCUUCUGCUAUUUCUACAACUGAGGAGGAAGAAGAGGAAUGCUGUGGCAAAAUGGUCAGUUAUGGAUCAGUUUACAUCUCCUACUGUACCUGUGCUGCACGGUGAAGCAGUGCUGGGACUGAGCAGAGCAGGUGUAGAUGCAGAACUGAAGUACCACACACAGACUGCUGAUGUCAACUUGAACAACCUGUGAAAUGUGAAUGUAGCAAUUUUUUUUCCAUUAAAAGAUCAAAGGCCCUAUCUGCCAAGGAUCAAACUAAGCUGAGGAGAAAAUAACAAAUUUCAGCGAGAGAUGGAUGUAAAAACAGACAGACGGGAAGAGGGAGAUUAAAAAAACAAAACAACAACAAAAAAAAACAUUAGCUGAAGGAAAAGUUAGUCGGAUGGUGGGAAAGAGAUUAAGAUUUUACUGAGAGGGAUUUAACAGCUGCGAGACUGAGAAAGACGAAUUGAGAUAGAGUGAUAUGGAAAACACAGGAAUGGAAAGUGUGCCAAGAGAGAGAAAUCAGCUUCAGAAGAAGAAAGGGGCCUCUGAAGUGUUGUCAGACUUACUGAAGAAUCACUCUAACCAGCUAUGUGUUAAACUCUUGUAAAUAGAAUGGAAAGAUACAGAUGAUAUAUUAUGAUUUAUAGCAUUUACCUGCUCUUGCAUUAAAACAUGACUUAUUUAACCACAUUAUUGCUUUCAUUUCAGAUAUUACUAUAUUAUUGUAUAGAUGUCCUGAAGCAAGGCUGGUUGUCUUUUUAUCUCACCCACUGUAGUAUGUACACAGUACCUUAAUUUAAAGGCUAUAUUUGCUAUGCACAGUCAUUUCAAUAAUUCUUAACUAUGUAAACAUCUAGAUACUUGUUUAGUAGUUGAAGUAUAGAACAUUUUUCACACCAUCCUGUCUAUUUGUUUGACCAUCGAAUGAUAAACUAGUACUGUGUAGAUAAUGCAAUAUCGGUUUGAUGAUGGAGCACCAGCCAAAAACCAUGACCCUUAACCCUUUUAUCCUAGCCCCUUCCCUAUUCUCCUUUAUCCCUUAAACUCUUCUUAAAGACCUUACCCUUUAAUUUAACCCGACAUCUAUUCAUGUCUCUGCAGAGAGGUGGUGAUGAUUCAGGGGGUCCCCAAUCACAGUGUGUCACAAAAAGUCAAGAAUGCUUUUUCUGCAUUCGUCUGACCUUUAUGUUUCGCACCUUACCAGGGGCCCCAGUAUUUAAAAGCCCCUUGCUUGAACUACCUAAUGCUGACUGAAACCUUGUCCCUCUCAAAGGCACUGAUCGGAAGAAUAAAGCCAAGUUCUAUUUUAUCGAUAAUAUAAUUUCCCUUUCUCUAAAUCUAAGAUUUGUUGAAGCUUAAAAGCGUUCCAAAGUGUAGAAAAAUGUCGAUCUCAAGCCUGGAGUUUGGUUUCCAACUUGCUGCCAUGUUGUCAAUUGUUUGGAGCCCAAUUUGAUUUAUUAGGUGGAGCUUUGGGUGGAGCUGAGGAAGGAUGAUCACAUCAUUUUGUGCGAAAGUUUGGCUUGACAUUGAUGGCAAACACACCUCCAAGCAUACCGCCUUUCAAGCCUUAAUAUCUUGAUAAUGGAGCAAUAUUUUUUCAAAUUACCACCCUGGCGUGCUUUUGAUGAUCUGAAAUUAAUGAUUAAAACCAACAUGUUGCGGAAAUACUUGACUGACUUUAUUUCAGAGAGAAGUUGUAGGUUUUCCUGCUGACUUCACAGUAAAUGCUCGAGGGCGGUAGUGGUUACUGCUAUGUGUCAUAAUGAUAAUAAGAUUCGCAGCAUUCGUAAAAUCGAUUCCAGCCAUUUCAUAUUGACAAAUCAUAUGGCAGAGAUGUGGUACUGUCAUGGUUGCCACUAAAAAAUGACAAAUGGUCUAUCAGGUUGUAAAGACCCUAUGUACCAAUGAAACAUCCAACCCCAAACUCCCAUAACUUGAUCCUAACCAGUAACUCAACCAAAGGCCCUAUCCCUGAUUUUGUAACUUUCAUGUUUUAUUCUCUUUUCCUGCUCCUUUCCUUACCCAAACCUGUCCCAUCCACCCCCCUGCCCUUACCCUAUUCCCAGCCUCAUCUGUGCGACUACAUGCAGCUUUGUCACAGUGAGGCCUAUUUAACCUCCUCUCAUCCUAGGUAACUUCUUCAUGAGAAAUUUUAGUUAAUUGUCGACAUACAAUACAAGAAAAAUGAAAGCCGAAGACAUUUGUGGAUGGCAAGCAAAGAACUUUUACAAAAAUGAUAUAAAAAAAUAACAUUUAACGGAUGUGUUUGAUUGACUGAAUAUUUUUUUCAUAUGGGUUUAUUGACUCAGCGGAUGGCUGGAUUGUGUCAAGCAUAAAACAU